AUGUCUAAUAUGUUGGUAAAAGGCCGACUCUUCACCAGGAAAUCUUCUGGAGGUUAUCACAUUGCAGGAAUGGCGGAGAAGGAAAUAGAAUUAUUAGAAACGGUGGAGUUACGCUUUGCCUUGGCUGACACAAAUGAACGAUUUGAGAAAUCUCUUGGUCAUUUUCUUGUCCCUGUGCUUGCGAAGUUAGACAGUCCACAUGAAGCAGUUCGUGCCAAGGUCAUGGGUAUUUGCAGCCAUGUCAGCAAACGUUUGAAGGCAGACUUGGCAUUGAAGUUGCCCCUUGCUGCCCUCUUGGAUCUCUUUGGAGUGGAAACGACCUCUCAGCUUGUACGAAAUUUUAUUCUCAUCUAUCUAGAGAUGGGUUUCCAUCGGAUUGGACUGGAGGAGCAAAUCAAACUACUUCCUGGACUGCUGCGGGGAUUGGCAGAUCGCCUUCCAGCCCAGCAAACAAUCUUAUUUCAGAUUGCCCUUCCGGUGCUCGCUGAUUUGAAUCCUGACCGCCUGAGCUUGCCACAUGGCAUCAAUGAUGACCCAUUCCACUGGAGAGAACGCCCAGCGGAUCUGAAGUUUUUGCUUGAUAAAUUUCUAGAUCUUGCGCUCUAUACAAUCCCAGCCGCUGGAAAUAAACCUGGGGAAUCCAAUAACGAGCCCUUCAUACCACCUAGUCUCAGCAAAGAGGCAAUUUUGUUUCUUACAAACAAUGGGAAAGCAUUGUGGGUUCGGAAUGCAACGGAGCUGCGGCAUCUGAAGCUCGGUAUUGCACGGCUGUUAUCAAAGUCCUCCUUGAUUCAAGAACAAGACUUUGUUUUGGAAAAGUUCAAAGUAUAUGUUGCGCUAGCCAGUGACAGCAAUCAUGAAAUCGUUGACGCUGGAGAGGAUGGUCUGAGGCGGCAAUCGAAGCCAAAUAUGGAAGAUGAACAGGUGGUUCAGGCACUAUAUUUCUUAUAUCAAGGGACGGGCCAAAUCUCCAACUUAAGCCGGAUCCGAAGUCCGGGAUCAGUAACACUAAAAAAUAAGGUACUGGGGUUUCUUUUGCAGUCGGCUCGUGCCACGAAUAAAUUCCCGCACGCACUGCAAGUGAGCUUUGAUGCUAUCUAUGGGGAUACAACAACGCCCAGAUUACGGGCCUCAGGAAUGUCUUUUGUGCAGUGGAUUGCGCGUAUGGCGAGUGCAGAGACCAUCAAGUCUGUCGCUCCAGUCUUGCUGUCCGGAGUCUUACGUUUCAUCAGCGAGCAAGAACCUGCACCUGGGAAUGAAUCAGAAAGUGGACUGCGAGGCUUCGCGUAUGAAGCUGUUGGUUUACUAUCAAAGAGAGCUCCGGAAUGUUUCGAUACAUCGAUUUUAUUCGACUUCUUCAAGGCGCUUUCAACGGAGCCAAGGAACGUCCGAAUUUCUAUUCAGGACGCAUUGUCUAAUAUGGCUCAUGCAUACAAAGGACUGGCAGCUGGACAAGAGCGUCAAGAACUCGAGAGGCUUCUUCUGGAAAAUAUCGAUAAGAGUGAACCUCAAGCACGUUAUGUAGCGCUGAAGUACGCAACCGUGGUCUUUCCGCCUUCGUACCCCCUCCGCCAAUACCUAUGUCUCAUUGGGGCCUCUGAUCAAAAACCUGAUGUCCGGGAUGUGGCGACGCGCGGUUUGUCUCUCCCGAAUCCGCCGGUUCAAGGGCAAGACCUUGCAGAGUGGCAACUCCAAUUGCCAAAAUUUGACGAAAUGAUGUCGCUUUUGUUACAAAAAUCUCGGGAGACUCGGCUUAAGGCGGUGAAACCUCCAGGCUCGCAAUGGGUUGGAUCUUUCACUGCUGAUACGUACACAGAUGCACUGAAGUAUCUAAGGAAAUUGCUGAUUAUUCAUGCAGACCCCAGUGCCAGUUAUGAUGACGGGGACGAUCUCACCUCGCUUGCGGGCACGACGAGAACUGCGCUUAAAAAUGUCCUGCAAACAGCUUACAAUAAUGAGGACCGUCGAAGGCCACUUCAAAUGUUCCUUGAAUUUAUUGAAUUUGCACUGAAAUCUGAAAGUUCAGAUGCCUUACUGCAGUCUGUGGCUGCAUCUUGUCUGUUCGAGUUGGUGUCAUUAUGUCCAUCGGAGUUAUCGACAUCGUAUAGUGACAGAAUUGACUGGCUCAAGUCCUUUUUGACAUCUUCGAGAUCGGAGACUCGCGCUUCAAUGGCUAAUAUUCUUGCCAUCGUUGCAACCAGUGGUCUUGAAAACAAAGAUAGAAGUGAAAGGAUUGUCAAUCUUAUUCAAGAAAUUUUGUCGGUGUCCGAUUCUUCCGCACAGACGUCCUUCGAAAAUCGCAAUGGCGCGACCCUUGCUCUCGGUUCCAUCGCGGGUCGAUUAUUAUAUCGCUACAAGGAACCCGCUGCCUACGUACCGCCUGCAAUACUAUCACUUAUGGUCCAGAGGAUCGGACAGUUCCUUGAAGCCGAUUCGAGUCUGGAGGUUAUCGGAGCAGCCCAAGCACUAGCUGAAUGUGGGAGAUAUGCGCCUCUACCUGUGGACUCCAAAACUUCAACAGAUUUCAUUGACAGAAUGGUUUCAAUUGCAAAGAAGACCAAGGAAGCCAAGGUUCAGGAACAGAUCAUUGCAUCUCUUGGUCACCUUGCCAUAGGGGACCCAGCUCUGGGAGCUCGUAUUCUAGAAUAUUUCUUCACGUUGUCAGCCACCAUUACAAAACAGGUGGAGAUCCACUUUACCAUAGGGGAGGCAGUGACUGCCGCCGCCUGCGGUUUCACUGCAACGCACAUGGAGCGCUAUCUAGACAUCGCUGAUGUUAGCGAAUUGUCCGUUCCGACACCUCCUACCACAUUAGCGACGCAGAUACUGGACCGCAUAUUGGACGACAUCAAGCCAGGGAGCAGACCGAUCGUCAGGAAAAAUGUGGCCAUUUGGCUUCUGUGUUUUGUCAAAUAUGGCGGACAGCACUCCAUCGUAACUUCAAACGUGGUCAGAAUACAAAACGCUUUCACAAGCUUACUGAGUGACAGAGAUGAUUUUACGCAAGAAAUAGCCUCAAAAGGCAUGGGACUGGUUUUUGAACUUGGCGAUGGGAGUGUCCGUUCCGAACUUGUUACAUCGCUCGUUGGUACAUUAACAGAAGGACGGAAGAUCACCCCGCAAAGCGUGUCCGGCGAAACUCAAAUCUUUUCGGAAAAUGCACUGGGAUCCGCACCUGAUGGAGAGAAAUUAAGCGGAACUUACCAAUCCAUUCUCUCCUUGGCGUCCGAUCUCAAUCAACCCGAUCUUGUUUAUCGCUUCAUGUCGUUGGCUUCGCAUAAUGCCAUCUGGACUUCGCGACGAGGCGCUAGUUUAGGUUUCUCGGCUAUUGCAGCCCAAGCAACUGCGGAGCUGCAACCACAUUUGCCUCAGAUGGUGCCAAAACUGUACAGAUUUCAAUUUGACCCCAAUCCAAAAGUUGCUGAGAGCAUGCAGAAUAUUUGGAAGAGUUUAAUUAAGGAGCCGAAGAAGGUGCUUGAUGAGUACUUUGCACUCAUUAUGCAAGAUCUGCUGAAGAAUCUAGGGGAACGUCAGUGGCGCACGAGAGAAGCUAGCUGCUUGGCACUAGCUGACUUGAUUCAAGGGAAGACCAUGGAGCAACUGCGGCCUUAUCUGGAGGACAUGUGGACUAUGUGUUUUCGCGUCCUCGAUGAUAUCAAAGAAAGUGUACGCAUUGCUGCGUUCAAAACAUGCAAAACCCUGACCAACAUCACGGUUCGCUAUUGUGACCCGUCGGUGGUGUCACUAUCAGAAGGGUCCAAGAUAACUGCAAUCAUUGUCCCCUUUUUCUUGAGUAAAGGUCUUGGGUCAAUGGCGGAGGAUGUGCGAAAUCAUUCUUUGGCGACAUUGCUGAAGAUUUGUAGCAAAGGAGGCGCUCUACUGAAGCCGCAUCUGGCCGACCUCAUUGGAACUCUUUUAGAGUCUCUGAGUAGCCUUGAGCCACAGGUUUUGAACUACCUUACAUUUCAUACCGAUAAAUACAGCAUAUCUGCUGAGCAGCUGGAAAGCUCCCGUCUAAGCGCGACAAAAAUGUCACCCAUCAUGGAUGCCAUCUCACGUCUUGUCGAUCAGAUAGACGAAGCCACCUUGCCAGCAAUUGUUCCCCGCUUGAAUACUUUGAUCCGGAAAGGUGUUGGGUUGCCCACGAAAGCGGGAUGUGCACGGUUUGUAUAUUCCCUGGUACAGAGGGUGCCCAGCGAGUUAAAGCCGUAUGCGGACGGGAUCCUUCAGUCGCUAAAAAGCGCCGUUCACGACCGUUCCCCAGUAAUACGAAAAGCCUUUGCGGGUGCGAUCGGCUACAUAGCACGAUUGGCAUCUGAUAAAGCCCUGGUAAAGUUGUUGGAGGAUCUGGAAAAGGCUUACUUUGACAGCGAAGAUGAGGAGAUUGCAUCCAUAGCGGGCAUCACUUUGCUGGAAAUUUCUCGUCGCGCACCGGAAAGACUGAAAGAUUUCCAACAGUACGUCCUUCCCGUGGCGUAUCUUGGUGCCCGUGACCCGCGAGAAUCUAUCAAAGUAGUGUGGGUAUCAGUGUGGGAGGAGAUGACAGGAGGAUCAUCCGGAGCGGUCCGGGUUUGGAUGCUGGAGAUGCUAUCGAAGAUGAAGAUCUUGAUGGCAACUACCUCGUCUUGGGGUGUCAAAAAGCAAGUGGCUCAAGCGAUAAGCGAUAUGUCCAAGGUGUUAGGAACUGCUUUCGGGACGCAAACCGGAGUUGCAAUUCAGAUGUUGAUCGAUGCUUUGGCGGGACGAACAUGGGAGGGAAAAGAGGUUGUUAUCAGCGCGCUAGCAACUACGACCGUCGAAUGCCGUGAAUGGAUUUUGAAUCCGGAAAACGCCGGGAUGGCCGAGACAAUUGUUAACGUCAUGAUUCGCGAAGCAAAGAAGAACAACAAAGCCUACAAACGCCAUAGUAUGGAGGCUAUGGGUACGGCAUUAAAUUCACUACAAAUUGACAGAUUCGAAGAGGUUCAAGAGCAUCUCGUCGAUCUUUGUACGGACGAACAGGAUGAAAUGGACGUUGAUGAGCCCCAUGCAAAACCGCUGGGGCUGGCAAUUAAAGCGGUCGCUUUCAAAGCUCUUGGAUUAUCUUGGCCACGCAACGCACAGACGCAGGUCAAAUAUGCGAAAACCUUGGGCACUUUGCUCGCCAGAAACCUCGAUGGCAACGUGUGGAAUGUGCGAUUAGCAGUAUUGGAGGCGAUGGACUUGUAUUUCGAGAAACUGGAUGUUGAGGCAUCAAGCUCGGUUCUAGAUAGCGAGAUUAUUUCAGAUUUCCUCCGUAGCUUAUUUACGUCCCUGGAAGAUACAAAGUACACGGCAGUACGAGAAGCCAGUGCCAAAGUGCUGAAGAAGCUCGUCCAGCGUCUAAGAAGUCGUUUCGAUGAGCAUCUCCUGAAUCAGUUGCUUGCUGGUUUAUCCACUGCGAUAUCAAGGGAAACCCAACCUAUUAUAGCACAUAUCCUUAAAGAGGUGCAAGCGAGUGCUAAGGGAUGAAAUCUAACAUUGUAAUAAAUCAUUGCUAAGACUUGGAAGUUUAAUAUUGCCAUAAAUCAAUGUGUACAAGAAGCAACA